CUCUGGUGUUCUUGUCUACAGGACGUGUUAGGACUGGAGAUACUCCAUUUUCUGAGCAACUAACUGUAUUUGAUGGAACCCCAAUCUCUCACUGUGACAGCCUGACCAAGAAAGAAGAGUUCAAACAAACCCUGCAAUCCAAACAUUUACCCCCACGCUGUGAUAAUGCAAUUGUUGAUAUUUUAGAAACACUCUAUGACAUUCCAAAAUACAUCAACAGCUCAGUGUAUAUUGUGCAACGGCGGCGUGGCUGCAUCCAGUCAACCAAUGGGACUGUCUCUGCUUUUGAAAGCUGGGCAGUGAAUGGGAUCGACUUCAUAAGCUUUGACCCUGAAUCUCAGAGAUGGACAUCCCAGUCUGCCUCUGCAAAAACUGUUGAACAUCUCUGGAACAAUAAAAAAGCAAGGAAUUCAAUAUUUAGAGGCUUCAUCAGAUACCAAUGUCCAGAAAUGAUUCAGAGGAUUAAAUUAAGACCAAUAAAGCAAAAUACAGAACUGUGUGUUUUUGCAAAGCCCACUGCUAACACAAACCAGGUACUACUGAGAUGUCACGUGACGAGUAUCGACAAAUCAGUGAGCUCGGUGCAUCUGAUUGGAGACGGGGUUUCCAGGGCCAGUUGGAUCACAGUGACUGGACCAUUGCCUUCUGGAAAUGGAUCAGUGAUCAUUAGACUGACAGCUGGGAUCUCACUGAGCCGAAACACCAACACCUACGGCUGCACAGUACAAACUGGAAGUGACAACAUCUCUGUCUUUUGGGAUGGGAGUACCCUUGAUGGCAGACACCUUGUUUAUGAUUCACACAAAUGGGAUAUUCUUAUUGUAAUAACUGCACACUGCUCUACGGUUUCUGUGAUCAUUCUGAUUUCUUGUGGAAUGAUAUUUCUGCUUAAAUGUGUCAAGGAGAAGCCACGCCCUCCACCAACAGUUGAUCCACAGCUAUAUACCAGGAUAAUGGGGAGUGUUACCUCUCCAGAUCAGCAGAGUGUGAUAGCUGCAAACAUACAGGGUUUGAAGAGAAACAGAGAAUACCAGGACCGGUGGGAAGAGUGGAUUAGAUCUAGGGAUCAAAAUUACUAUGAUCCUGAAUACUAUGCCAUUCAAGUCUCAGUGGUUUAAAAUAUCAACUGUAAACAUCAGGUUUUAUUUUAAGUCCCUCAGAAGAGAAAUUACUUCUCUCCAGUGCUGCUAUUUUACACUAAUCCAUUUAUCACAGAAAUGUGGUCACUCCCCUCAUUCAUUAUAAUAAAUAACACUCAUGACUUUACACAAUAGUAAGUAAUAAAUUGAUAUUACAGACACUUAUAUAUCAUAAUCAUUUUGUGUCAUCAUUGGAAUGUUGUAAUGGAACAUAAUUGUAAUUUUCACAGCUAUCAAAAGCAGACUUUAAGUGGUGCACAUGCUAUGGACACUACUUUUUCCAUCUAUUGUGGACAUAUUUGGAGGGACUGUUUAGUGCAUAAACUUUAUACUGAUAAUUUUAACAACUCAACAAAAUGGCUGAAAGUAAAUAUAGUGAUUUUGGACACAGCUUCCCUCUCAACUCAAUACGCUGUUAUUCUGUAAUUGUCACAUGUAAGGAUGAGGGAAACUCUUAAAUAUUGUUUG